CGGUCAUGGGUGAUAAAUAUGAAGUACUCGACGUAUAUCAGAAUAAUGCUGUUCCGGCGGUACCAGCAGCGUCAAAUGUGUCACCGUCGGGAUCACCAGCAGGCGAUAUCACACCUUUGCUGGACCCAGAAGUGGAACUGUUGAAGAGUAGUACCGAUCUCUAUACCAGGAAGUUUGAACCUGAAAAAGAACAAGUAAAAAAGAUGCCGAGAAAAUUGAUUAUGAUUUAUGUUGGCGCAAUGAUACUAAGUAUUAUUGCAUUUAACAUUGGUGUAACUGUUGGCUAUUAUGCUUUGUAG